GACUCGGUUAGCAACAUGCGGGAUGGAUGUGUUGACUGUAGCCAACGUGGGAACUGAGUAAUAAGUCCUUUACACCGUCAUAGCUGUCGGAAUAUUUAGGUUUUUUUUGCAUUUCUCGUGAGCAAAAUGGCAAAUACAAAUCUCCAGUUCAAAACAAAUUAUGUUGUUUCCAGCAAGAUCGAACCGUUUUACAAAGGAGGAAAAGUGCAGAUCAGCAAGGAUGAAAAGUACAUCUUUUGCACCUGUGGAUCUCGUGUCAAUGUUUUGGAGAUCAGCACGGGGAAGAUCAUCCACAGUGUCGAGCAUGAUGAUCAAGAGGACAUCACAUCUUUUGCUCUCAGCUGCGAUGAUGAGUUGUUGGUAACAGCUAGUAGAGCUCUGCUGCUGAAGCAAUGGGACUGGAGGCAAGCUCAGUGUACUCGCUCCUGGAGGGCCAUUCACACUGUUCCCGUAGCCAGUAUGACCUUUGACUCCACCUCUACCCUCCUGGCCACAGGUGGCUGUGAUGGCACUAUAAAGCUUUGGGAUGUGGUCAAGCAGUACUGCACCCACAACCUGAAAGGGUCAUCUGGAGUUGUACACCUGGUCCAGUUCCACCCAGACAUCAGCAGACUGCAGCUCUUCUCCUCCUCUCUGGACUGUGGAAUUCGGCUGUGGGACCUGAGCUCCAGUCAGUGCGUGUGUGUGCUGCAGAGCCAUUACAGCGCUGUCACCUCCCUCAGCUUCAGCCCUGAUGGUGACACCAUGGUUAGCUCUGGCAGAGAUAAGAUCUGCACAGUGUGGGACCUGAAGAGUCGGAAAGCCAAGAGAACUGUAGCGGUCUAUGAGGCUGUGGAGGGUGUUGUGCUUCUGCCAGAGAACGAGGACCUCUCUCAGAUCGGAGUCAAGAGCAAGGACGUGCAUUUCAUCACAGCUGGCAGCAAAGGCAUAUUGAGAGUGUGGGAGGCCAGCACGGGGCGUUGUGUCUACACCCAGACCGCUGUGUCUGAAGAGGAGGAGGAGGAGGAAGAGAAGGACGACGACCCCCGCAGUCUAACGUACCUUCUUCACCUGCCCUCCUCCUCCAGACUGGCUGCAGUCACAGCAGAACACAACAUACUGCUGUACCAGCUGCCGGGUCUCACCACGCAGCAGCAGUUUGUGGGUUAUAAUGACGAGGUGCUGGACGUGAAGUUUCUGGGCAAAGAUGACAGCCACAUCGUGGUGGCCACCAACAGCUGCCAGCUGAAGGUGUUUGAGCUCCUCACCAACAGCUGCCAGAUCCUCUCCGGACACACAGAUACUGUCCUCUCAUUGGACGUGUUCAAGAAGGGAUUUCUCUUUGCAAGCUGUGCGAAGGACAGGUCAGUGCGUGUGUGGCAGAUGGACAGUGACAGUGGUCAGGUGCACUGUGUGGCACAGGGCUCCAGCCACACUAAUGCUGUGGGCUCCAUCACCUGCUCCAGGUUGAAAGCAUCGUUCAUAGUGUCUGGCAGUCAGGACUGCACCGUGAAGGUGUGGGAUCUGCCACCAGACUUGUCUAUGACAGGGGCGGACAUACAUCAGCUGACCCCCCGCGCCACAGAGAAGGCACAUGAUAAGGAUGUAAACAGCGUGGCGGUGUCGCCCAAUGACAAGCUGCUGGCUUCAGGCUCCCAGGACCGUACGGCCAAGCUGUGGUCGCUGGCGGGGGAAGGGAACGUGAGCCUUCUGGGGGUGUUUCGGGGCCACCGUCGCGGCAUCUGGGCCGUCUGCUUCUCUCCCGUGGACCAGGUGCUGGCCACAACCUCUGCAGACGGCACCACAAAACUGUGGAGCCUGCAAGACUUCAGCUGCCUCAAGACAUUCGAGGGUCACGAUGCGUCCGUUUUGAAGGUUGUCUUUGUGAGCCGAGGAACUCAGCUGCUCACCAGUGGCUCUGAUGGUUUAGUAAAGCUGUGGACCAUAAAGACCAAUGAAUGUGUGAAGACGCUGGACGCCCACCAGGACAAAGUGUGGGGUCUCCACAGCAGCCGCAAAGAUGACAAGAUGGUGACCGGCUCGGCAGACUCCAACAUCACCGUGUGGGUGGAUGUGACUGAAGUGGAGCUGGCAGAGGAGCAGGCCAAGCAGGAGGAUCAAAUACUCAAGCAGCAGGAGUUGUCCAACCUGCUCCAUGAGAAGAAGUAUCUCAAGGCCCUGGGUCUUGCAAUCUCGUUGGACCAACCUCACACUGUGCUCACUGUGAUCAAAGCGAUCCGUCAGGUGGAGGAUUGCCGCGAGCUGUUGGAGAAGACGGUGCUGAAACUUCGACUGGAUCAGAAAGAGUCGCUCCUGCGCUACUGUGUCGCGUGGAACACCAAUGCCAGAAACUGUCAGGAUGCUCAGGCUGUCCUGCAGGUGCUGCUCACACACCUGCCGCCCGAGGAGCUGCUGCAGUACCAGGGUGCCCGAGCCCACCUGGAGGGACUCAUCCCAUACACAGAGAGACACAUGCAAAGGAUUGGCCGUCUGCUGCAGGCGUCCAUGUUCUUGAACUACAUGUGGCAAAAGAUGAGAGUGGCUGGAGCACCAUCCAGCAUGGGCCAAGACGAAGAAAUGGAUACCACUCCUCUCGCACAGCCGUUCUUUAUGAUCGACAAGGAGAAAGGAAUGGGAAGCGGCGACGAGGAGAAACGAGAUGGAGACGACAGCGAUAGCGGGCAAGAGGAAGAUCCAAAUUGCCCAGUUGAAGAAGAAGAAGAAGAGGACGAUGAGGUCAGCGUCACCAAGAAAGCGUCUGCCACCAACGGGCGAGUAGAAAAUGGAGAGAGCACCAAAACAAACGGCAACCACCACUCUGAAAAUGAGGAGAGCUCGGAGGAGGAAGACCUGGAAGAAGACGAGAAGGAUCAGACGACAGUAAAAGUUUUGAAACGUCUCCCAGUCUCUUCCGCUCCACAAUGCCAGACAUUCGCCAGCUGACAGGGAUCUCCAAGCUCGUAACGGAUGACUCACUCCUGGAGAGAAAAAAAAAAUAUCACGGACCAUUAGCUGGAGUGACACACUGAAUGUGUGGCAGUGCAGGAAGAGACGGAGAGAGACAGGUGUGGAAUGAUGAUAAUACAGAUAAUAGGCCUCUCUGCGCAUUCCCUGUCUCUGCAGCUCAGGCGUAAAGAGUUUCUGUCUCUGAAUUUGAGGAGAUGUAAGCAACCUCCAGUCAGGGAGGAAAUAAUGCAGGGGAGAAAAGAUUGAAGGAAGAUAAAGCUGCAUUAACAUUCAGGCAUUGAACCAGUCUUAAUCCCCCCCCCCCACACACACACACAGAUUGCAUCGUCUAGUUCUGCAAUGUUGCAUAGUCCUGAUCUACCGGCUCAACCACAACUUCACAAGAGGUUCCUUAUAUAACCAUGGAUUAUUAUUUUUAUUUUUUUUGUCAUGACUACAAAUGUUUAUAAAAUAAAAAUGUGUUCUUUGUGAUUUAAAA